UCGAGAAUGAGGGAGUGUUUUACCUGAUUGCUAGAAUUCUGUCUUCCGCCAGCCAGCCCUUCCCCAACAAUGAUCAGAAAGGAUAAGGAUUUAAUCGAAUCCUUCGCUUCCCUCAACUAUAUCCAAGCCAACUAUGAUGGCCUUAGAGCGGGCUUGUCUCGGCCGAUCAUAAAUCCCCGAGAAAUCGCAGGAGCCAGCCGUGGGAUGCCAAGCCACGAGGGCAGGGGAAGCGAAGUUGAUCAAAGCUAUUUAGUAACUGACACAAGCCUCUUGGCUCGUAGUCCAUCUAUCAAACCAUUCUCUAUCAAAUGCUGGAGCUGUAUAUUUAAAUCGCCCGCCUUCUCUUCGGCUUUCCCUUUUCCGGUAGUACCUGGUAAGACCUCAUGUUCCCGGUAUCAGAUGUCAUCUGUGCUUAUCCUUAUUCCGCACGCCAGAGAAAAUUAUCGACCCACCAAACCCGCAAUUUCUUUGUUCACUCAAGGGAUCAUUUAUGCUGGACGUGUCGCUUCUGUAAGCUAGUUUACAACCAAUCAGAAACCCCAUGUUUGCAUCCGAGGGCCGUAGUGCAGUCGACGACAUCGUAAGCGAAAAGAUCCCUGCUAACG